CUCAAUAUAUAUCUUUUUAAAAAAAUUACAAUUUUAAGGGCAUUACUGCCAUUUUGGAAAAAAAUAGUCUAAUAGGAUAUAAAGUAGUAUAAAUUGGUCUAAAGGACAUAGUUACCAUUUUCUUGUUCUAAAAAACAGAUUUCCCAUUUUUUCCUAACCUAUCUGGACUUUUCUUUAUAAUGAAAUGGGCCGACAAGAAAACAAUAGUAACCAUGUGUUUUUGUCCUAAACGUUGCAUGUCUUGGACGCCGCUCUUCGUUCACAACUUUGGUUUUGCUUUUCACAACACACUAGGGUUUUGAGCUCCUCCGCCAUGAGAACACGGCGUCAAAAGAUCUUGGAGGAUAGUCAAGCCGUCGUUGGACGGUUAAAUGCUGGCGAAACCUCAUUGCAGAUCCCAGUUGAUCUCAUAUUCGAGAUACUCUUGAGAUUGCCUGUUAAAUGUAUAGCCAGAGGUCGAUGCCUAUCGAAGCUCUGGGCUUCCAUACUCGACCGUCAAGAAUUCACGGAUCACUACUUGAAAAGAUCAUCUGCUCGUCCUCAGCUCUUGUUCGCCUUCCAAGACCGCUGCAAGGUGUUCUUCUUUUCCGCACCUCAAGAUGACAACUCGUCUCUGAUAACCGCCAGUUAUCAUAUGAGUUUCCCUGUUAAUCGUGUCAAAGAAAUAUAUAGUCCUAUCAGUGGUUUGGUCUGCGUUAAAGAUGAACGCAUCUUAAAGGGGAUGAAAACUCCAGUGACGGUGUGGGUGAUAUGUAACCCUAGCCCGGGACAGUACUUCACUUUACCUAGAAUGAAGACAAGGAAUAAUAAGUGUGAUGUGAGAAGCUUUUUUGGGUAUGAUCCUGUUGAGAAGCAGUUCAAGGUUUUGUCAAUGACGACACUUGCACAUGGCAAAAGAGAUCUGGCCAUCUAUAAGGAGCACCAAGUUCUGACAUUACAAACUGGGAAACUCUCAUGGAGGAUGAUUGAAUGUGACGUACCCCAUCAUCAUGGGAUUAAUUCUAUAUGCAUCAAUGGUGUUUUGUAUUACAAAGCUAAGAACGGAGCUGAUUCUUCUACCUAUGGUAAGGAUAUUAUAGUCACCUUUGAUGUUAGAUCUGAGAAGUUCGGGUUUAUUGAAGUCGACAAACCUUUCAUUCCAGUUCAUACUCUGAUAAACUUCAACGGUAAACUGGCUUCACUUGAAUCUUAUUCUUUUAAUAGAAGAAGCCCAAUUCAUUUGUGGGUUCUAGAUGACAUAGAGAAAAAUGAAUGGUCCAAGCAUGUUUACAAACUGCCUGCGUCUUGGGAGGAUGUAGUUGGAGAUGCCGACUUAUACUGUGUUAAAGUGACUGCUUCAAAUGAAGUUGUGUUGUCAGGGUACUAUCAACGCUCUCCUUUCUAUGUUUUCUACUACAGUCUUGAGAAGGAAACUGUCAGAAGAGUUGAAAUCCAAGGAAUGGAAGCGUUUAAGCGUUUCCAAGUUUACACUUUUGUAGACCAUGUAGAAGACGUCAAGCGUAUGAAAGGUGUUUUAGGAUUAGCUCUUAAGUGAUAUCUUCUUAAAGUGAAUGAUCACGGCCCAUAUAUUUCCGCUGGUUUUUAUGUUUCUCUUAUCCAUGAUGGUAAUGUAUCUUAUCCUCUUGUUCAAUGGUUCAUGCAUCCAAGGAGCAAUGUUUUUUCUAUGCUAAGCCAAAACAGUUUUUUUUUUUUUUUGGAGCAACAGCCAAAAACAGCUCAGUGUUGGUUUUACAUCGUAUUUUAUAUUUUGACAAAACAUUGUAC